AUGUCGAUCAUCGAUGGUCUGACCAUCCCAUCCCGCUGUGGUAAGGGGGCGCUGCGCAGGAUCACAGAGGUGUUCGACUGCUGGUUUGAGAGCGGCAGCAUGCCGUACGCCCAGGCCCACUACCCCUUUGAAAACAGGAAGGAGUUCGAGGACACUUUCCCAGCGGACUUCAUCGCCGAAGGCAUUGACCAAACGAGGGGGUGGUUUUACACCCUGUUGGUGCUCUCCACAGCGCUGUUCGGCAAACCGCCCUUCAAGAAUGUCAUCGUUAAUGGACUGGUCCUUGCUAGCGAUGGACAGAAGAUGAGCAAGCGCAAGAAGAACUACCCGGAUCCAGGCCUGGUAGUGCAGCAAUAUGGAGCCGAUGCCCUCAGACUGUACCUCAUCAACUCUCCUGUAGUGAGAGCAGAGAAUCUGCGUUUCAAAGAGGAGGGUGUGCGCGACGUGUUGAAGGAUGUCUUCCUGCCGUGGUAUAACGCCUACCGCUUCCUGGUGCAGAACGUACAGCGGUUACAGAAGGAGGAUGACAUUCAGUUCCUGUACAAUGAAAACACGGCAAAGCAGAGCGACAACAUCAUGGACAAAUGGGUUCUGUCCUUCACACAGUCCCUCAUCCAGUUCUUCAAGGCUGAGAUGGACGCGUACCGCCUGUACACUGUCGUGCCUCGCCUGGUCAAGUUUGUGGACAUGCUCACCAACUGGUAUGUGAGGACCAACAGACGCCGACUGAAGGGAGAGAGUGGCACUGAGGACUGCCUGUGGGCGCUGGAAACCCUCUUCAGUGUUCUGUUCUCCAUGUGCAGGCUGAUGGCUCCUUUCACACCCUUCAUUACAGAGAUGAUGUACCAAAACCUGCGUCACCUCAUUGACCCGGCCUCUGUGGAGGAGAAGGACAGCAGCAGCAUCCACUAUCUCAUGCUGCCCCAAGUCAGGGAGAGUGUGAUUGACAAGCGCAUUGAGAGUGCCGUCUGUCAGAUGCAGUCUGUGAUCGAGCUGGGCCGAGUGAUCCGGGACAGGAGGACCCUUCCCGUUAAGUACCCAUUAAAGGAGGUGGUGGUUAUCCACCAGGACCCAGAGGCUUUGAAAGACAUCCAGUCCCUGCAGAAAUACAUCCUGGAAUUAAAAAGAAACCUCUCCUAG